AUGGAAAGGCUGGAAAAUAAAAUAUCGGAAAACUAUAUGACAAUUUUUACAUUAAAAAAUGUAGUCUUGUUAUUUAUUGGUAUAUUCCUUUUUAUAUUUAUUUUUAAAAGUUUCAAAAAUAAAAAUAAAAUUUAUGAAGUUAAGCAUAACAGUGAAAUAGAUAAAAAAAUGAAAAUAGCAAGAGAAAAAAAAUUACAAGAGUUAGAAAAAGAAAUGAUAGCUAACAAAGAAAAAAUGAAAGAAGAACAAAUUAAAAAAAGAGAAGAAGAAAAAGAAGAUAGAAUGUUAAAUUCCUCAAAACAAAAAUUAGGUUCUAAAGAUAAUUCAUCAUUUAACCAUUUUAAAGAUUAUUCAAGUUAUUAUAGGCCAUCUAUAAGAAAUAGAUACAAAAAAUCUUCCUGACAAUAG